AUGGGGCAGCGCUUGAGCACCUCACGCGACAGCGACGCCUCGGAGGCAGAUGGCCCGCCCACUUCCGACCUACCUGCUCGCGUGACCGAUGCCUCCCGCACUUCUUUAUCCUCUCCUCGACCUCCUGCGAAUUCCCCGCUCUCCACCGAAGCCACAGCUCUCAGUUCCACAUCUCCGACUCUAUCCGCCCUGCGCCCUACCGUCGAGGAUGCUGCAGAGCAUCCGAGCGAGCGCGAAAGCUCUAUGCGGCUAGGUGACGUCGUGCAAAACACGCUCAGCUCCGACCAGGAGCCGUCCGCUCACCAGCAACAGAGCGACGAAGCGGACGCUUUGAGCUUCUCGCGUGUGUCUUCAACCGACUCGUUCCCGUCCUCCCCGCUCAACGUCAAAGCAGACGACGCCCAUCCGCUCACAAGACGCAGCUCCAUGUCGCGCACGCCUGCGCCGCCCAAACUGUCGCGCUUCCGGCCAUCCAUGGAGAUCCCCAGGUCACCUCAGUCGAGCUCCGACUCGUCACUCGAUUCAAGCUCUAGCUCCUCCGACGAAGACCUUGCAGGCAGUGGCGAAGAGCUGGUCAGUGACUGGCUCGACGAGCCUGAAGACGCGGUGCUGUCCCCGCCGUCCCACCCGAAGCGGACGCGCCACGCGAGCGCCUGCUCCUCCGUGUCUUCUCACACAGGCAACAGCGUGUCGUUCUCAGCCAUGCACAGCAGCGGAGGACGCAACAGCAACAGCAGUCAACACAGUAUGACUGGUUGGGCUUCGUGGCUCAGCUCACCUGACGACGUAGAGGAAGAAGACGACGCAGACGAUGAACCGGUGGCACUCACGCCCUUCUUACAGGACAAUAUGCCCGUGUACGAGGUCAUGAGACAGGUGCAAUUAUUCAGGAACUUAAGUCAGAUGCAGCAGGAACAGGUUGUGCGCGCUCUAAAGCCGGCCAAGUUCUCGGACGGCGAGGUGAUCGUGGCGCAGGGUACACGUGGCUCUAGAUUCUACAUGAUCGCCAAGGGAGAAGCCGUUGUGACUAAGACGGUAACCACUAGCAGCAACAGUAUUACCAGUUCGACUCCUUCCAGUGCAGGACAGACGCAAGAACGUAUGAUCACGCACUUACGAGCUGGUCACUACUUCGGUGAGCUGGCAUUGAUCUACGAUGACCCUCGUACAGCCACUGUACGCGCUGUUGGGGACGUGGAGCUGCUGUACUUGACACAGGAAGAUUUCCAGCAUAUUGGCCAAGUGCAUCUGAGUCUUAUGUUGCAGCAAGUGCCGCUACUGGCACGGCUGAGUGCCCGUGAUCAAGAUAUCGUGCUGAAAUGUCUGCGACCUGCUAACUUCAGUGACGGCGAGUACAUUGUCCACCAAGGAGAUGAAGGCACACGCUUCUACAUGAUCACGCGUGGUGAAGCUAUUGUAUCGGAGAAAGCUGUGGGGCCGGACAAGAAGCCGUACGAGAAGGAGUUGACGCGGUUGUAUGAAGGCCACGUGUUCGGCGAGAUGUCGCUCAUUUACAGCGAACCCCGUACAGCUUCGGUGCGCGCUGUUGGCCCCGUCAAGUGUCUGUAUCUGAGUAAAGAAGACUUCGACAAGUGUCUCCUCUCUGAUCACUUCCAGCGCUUUAUUCAAGAAGCUUACGUGGAGAAGGCGACGCGACGCGCUAUGCGGCUUCGACUCCAGCAACGUGCGAACAGUGCUGCGACGUUAGGGUCCGCUCCCCAGGCGAGCUCUGACAGUUCGUCUAGCUCUAUCGUAGCACCGCCUCCAGCACCCACGUCGCCUGUGAAGGCUACAGAGACGAAGAAACUCGUGAAGCAGAGACUGAAAAACGGCCAAGUUGUGGUCAACAAGUACGUGAUCAAGGGCGAUCUGGGUCGAGGCACAUUCGGUCGUGUUAAGCUGUGUGAGAGCCAAGAAGACGGACAGAUGUACGCUGUCAAGAUCAUGCACAAGACGUUCGUUCAGCGUAUGGCAGGUAAGGAAGAUCAGCUGUAUGAUGUACUACGUCGCGAGGUGGCCAUUAUGAAGAAGCUGAACCACCGCAACGUUGUGAGACUCGUGGAAGUGAUCGACGACCCGAACAGCCAGAAGAUGUAUCUUGUACAGGAAUAUGUGCAGCACAGUCUGAUGGAGGAGGUCACGCAAGCGCGUCGGCUGAGCGAACCGGUUGCUCGGAAGUACAUGCGUGAUCUGCUCUCCGGUCUGCAGUAUCUACACUUCCACAAGGUUAUCCAUCGCGAUAUUAAGCCAGAGAACAUUCUCGUGAGCUCUGAUGGCGUGGCAAAGAUCGCCGAUUUCGGUACAGCUCGUAUGAUUAUGAACGAGACGGAGACGAUCUCAGGAGCGAAGGGGACGCCGGCUUUCAUGGCGCCUGAGAUGUUCGACAUUGACGCGACGUACCAGGGCCCGGCGGUGGACGUCUGGUCGCUUGGAGCUACACUCUACAUGAUGGUGAUCGGACACCCGCCUUGGAUGGCAGACAACGAGAUUGUUCUGGCGGAACGUGUACAGCGUGUGGAGUUGCGCUUCCCGAAGGAUGUGGAACGUACGAUGGAGCCGCAUCUGAAGAAUCUACUGCAGCGUAUGCUCACGAAAGACCCUGCAUGUCGUAUCUCUCUUAAGGAAUGUUUUACGCACGAGUGGACCACAAAGGAAGGAAGCGACCCGCUUGGUCUGAUCACGCCGGAGAAGAACUUGACCGUGUCGAUGGAUGAAAGCGAACGUGCUAUCGAGAACAUACCGGAGCAGAUUGACCAGCGCCUGACAGAGAGUCUGGCACAAGCGCAUCAAUUGGUUAAGACCCGACAGGAAACUGGCCCCGGUGUCGUGCGUACGAACAGUGGACGGCACUUCACCGGCACGCCCAUGGCAGGAACGUUAGGUGCACGCAUUCCUUCGACGGCGUCCACCACGUCGUCCAUCAACACUGUCGGUAGUAGUCCGAGUCGCGCGUCUAGUGACGAAGUCUCCCGCAUCAUCUGCGCAUGGCGUCACCACAAGCGUGUGCAGCUCAUGGAUGGCCACAAGGAGUUGUCGGAGCGUUCUCGUGAGCUCUUGAUCGAGCAGAAACGCAUGGCUUUCUCAGUGGAUCGUGCCAAGGUAACGGAGAUCAUUCUUCCGGCUGCUAAACCCACAGCUCGCAGUCGAUACCCAAGCACGUCGUCCUCUUCAUCGCUUCGACAAGUGAGAGAGCAGUCGGCGUUAUCCACUGCGUCUUCGGUGUCAUCCAUGUCGACUGUUGGUGGCAAUACGCCUUCGUCCGACUCGCCCAGGUCGCGCUCUUUCCCUGCUGGACGUAGCAACUCUGUGGACAACUCGCUGCUGCUCAAGAAGAACAGUUUCCAGACUCGCCGGUUCAAAGACUCGGGCAACCUCGAAGGCUUCGGUCGCACCUCGUUCACGUCUGUCUCCCAGCUGUCCGAGCUGGCAACGCCCGUUGAAGAGUCUUUCGACCAACGUGGCAGUUUGUCAUCCUCCAGCGAGUCGGGUCAUUCCAACAGCAGCUAUUCGAAUGCGACGGAGGCGUCAGAUGCAGACUUGAUGAAGCGCUCGCUCUCGCGUAAGAAGGAUUUCCUUAUGGUGACUUCUGAAGUGUUCCGUGACGAAGGCGGAGACUACCAGACGCGUAAAAUUCUCUUUCAGGCUCGAGACGAUGACUUUUCCGUGGCUUCACGCGUGCCUACCCACUCGAAUUCCGGCCGUGAGCUGCUCCCUCCAGGUCGCGCCGGCUCAACUAACUCAUCGUCAUCCAGUCAGAAGCCAAGACGACUGGGAAGCACUGGUAGACUAGGCAGUGCUGGUAGUAGCAGUGCCAUGGGCAGCGCAAUGGGCAGUGCCAUAGGUAGUGCCAUGGGGAGUGCCAUGGGUAGUGCCAUAGGUAGCGCGUUAGGCCGAGCCAGCGCCACGAGUCGUCGAUCUCUAAGUGGAAGUUCCGUCAGCUCGUCCCGCUCCGUGGCUACCGAGGAUGGAAAUGUGGAGGAGUUCGACAUGGAUGGCAUUGAUUGUGUCCAAGUUACGGAGAUUGACGAUGAAGACGACGACGAUCUGGUGAACCACGGGAUGCGUAAGGGCAGUGGAGCUUCCUCUCGGCAUUUCCACCAUCAUAGUGACAGUAGUCGCGCGAACAGUAGUCACGAUCGCAGUCAUAAUUCUGGUCUUUCGGAUGCGGAUAGCGAUUCGGACGAUUCGGAUUACUCGGAUGUCGAGUGUGACGUCGACGUCGACGCGACUUUCAGUGAACUUAUCGCUACGCCCAACCAGCUUGACAUUAUCAGCCACGACGACGAAGAGAUCGCUCCUAUCGUGACGCAAAAGCCGUCGUUAACGUCGUUUGAUGACUUGUCGUCGGCUUCAUCGUUGGAUGUGGACAACAGCGGCAACGUUCUCACGCUCGGGUCUCUAGCGUCGAUGGCUUCAAGUGAAUCGGCGUUGGCUAUGGCUACACCCAGUUCGAUGCUGGAUAUCGUCCAAGUGUACGUGAGCAGCAAGAUCCGAGAGAAUCUCACGCUGUCUAUUCGCUCUGGCUACGCUGAAGCGAAGGGCGCGCGGUCGUACAUGGAAGACCGUACAACUGGACAGAGUACAUGUGAUCUGUCGCGGUAUCCGGCUGCUCUAGCGAACAACUACGCGUCGUUGGCGUUCUUUGCUGUCUACGACGGUCACAAUGGCACGGACACAGCUGUGAAAUUGCAGAACGAGUUGCAUCACCGCUUCUUCGCUGAAGGUGCGGGCUUCAUCGAGUCCCCCGUGACGUGCAUCUCAUCCGUGUGUGAGUCCAUCGACAACGAGAUCUUGGAGAGACAGAACCAGAGCGUACUGCCUAAACGUAAACGUACGAUGGCUGCGGAGGAGAUGCAACGUUAUCUCAGAAGCGAGAGCACAGUGCCCAGUCUCACUGAAGACGAAUGCUGCGAGAUCGACGGCGAGAUCGUGUGUGGAGAGGAGAUGAAGCAGUUACUGCAGCCGAUCUCGUUCUCUGGUGCUGCGAGUGUGUUCGUCGUGGUGGCAAAGCAACGCAAGAAACGCUGCCGUGCCAAUGACAAGGAAGAUGACGCUGUUAAGGACGACGAAGAGACUGAGACAGCAGAGGACGAACUGGACGAGGAAGACCAACCCACGCGACUGUACGUGGCCAAUGUGGGCGACUGUCGAGCUGUUUUGUGCACUGCAGACGCCUUAGCAGUCGACAUGACGACGGAUCACAAGGCGUCGCUACCGGCUGAACAGGAGCGUAUCGAGGCGUCAGGUGGCUUCGUGCACAACGGCCGACUGGACGGCAUUCUGCAGAUCUCCCGUGGCUUCGGUGACUUGGCGCACAAACAGGAUGGCCACUUGGUGGUCACGCCAGAUGUGGUGGAGCAUCUCGUGAACCCGUCGGACCAGUUCUUGCUGCUUGCAAGUGACGGGCUCUUCGACGUGUUGACGUCGCAGCAAGCUGUCAACUUUGUGCUGCGUAAACUUCAGACCCAUGGAGACGUCCAACUCGCAGCUCAGGAGCUGGUGCUCAAGGCGCAAGCUUACUUCGCACACGAUAACAUCAGUGUGGUCAUUGUGGCGUUGAACCAGAAAGGUGACGCGUGA